AUGAAAUCGUCGACGGGAUGGCUAGAGCUCUCAAAGCUUGCAAGUAGUCAGAAAAUUGGAUUGCACAGCAAUGGAACUUUAUUGACUUCAUUUGACCUUUACUUUCUUCUAUUUGAUGAUUCGAACGAAACACCACAGCGAAUGUUCUUCACUGUCAUUGCAUUAAGUGAUAAGGACUUAUUCAAAGCAAUUGGCUUCCAGACCGCUCCUCCUAUACUCACAACACUUACUGUUAUUACAUAUGGUACCAUCGGUAUCCUCGUAUUCUUCACCAAAAAAACUCUUUAUUUGCAUCAAUUCUUCGUCAUUUGCAACUGUUCAUUGGUUUCUGUAUUUUACCUUCGAAUGUUCUCUACACAUACUGAGUGGUUUGUAUUGGUAUGCAUUAUUAUUUGGGAUGCAUUCGCAGUGCUUGCACCCAUCGGUCCAUUGCGACGUAUCAGUGAAAAAGCUCACGAAUACAGCGACCAAGUAAGUAAGGCAAUUACUUCUCAAUUGCUUGAUAUAAUAAGCAUUGCGACAACUGCUUUCUCCUUACAGGUAUUGCGAUCCUUAAUGUUCACAGCUGAGGAUAGAAAUGAUGAGCGGAGGGAAGAAAUCGAAGCAAAGAGCAAACAUAUCCAACAGCGUAAAGCGUUAGGUCGCAAAAGUAAUAUAUGUGAUGAAACGAUCCGGAAAAUUUGCACAAAGCUUGGAACAACCGAGAAUAAAAGAAAGAAACGAAAUUUAAAAUCUACGAUGCUCUGA